GAGAGUUUGGUGUCCUCAGAAUAGGGUCAUAUCUAUUAAACGUGAACACAGGAGGUCACUACACUCUUUUGCCCCCUACAACAUAUUACAUUACUUGUGUCACAUGUCACUUCCUUUUCACUCAGACAGACAGGCUUGUGCGUUAUUGUAAUUAGAUAAAUUGAUAAGCAUUUCAGGAGAGAAUACAUGUAUGAGAUGGCAGGAGUUUUGUGGCUACUCCGACCGCUCUGAAUGGUAAGUUUGACUCAUUUUUUUUCCCUAAAUGUUAAAGGUCAGUGUAAGAUUUCAAAUUAUCCUUGUAUCAAUCAUUAUUGUAAAUGCAAUGAGUCAAGACAGCCACGUAAAGUGUACAUGAAUUUCUGCCUCCUUUAUAAUAGCCUAUUGACUUUAAGCCAAGGAUAAUGUACUAAACAUUGAUCUCUUUUGUUAGAAAUGCCCUUUGACCCAAGAACCUAUAUUUGAAGGCCUGGAGGUAUUUAAGGAACUCACCGUCCCAUUGGUCUGAAGGAAUCCCUGCUUCCAUAAAGAGGUCCCUGAAUUUGUGCUGAGCCGUCAAAGGCCCUGCUAUAAAAUCCCAUUGAUUUGUCCCUUUUGCGUGGCCGGCCAGUCUUUGCCAAGUCUUCAUCCGAGUGUUUCCAGCCCUUUCACUUCAUCUCAUAGGCUGUGAGAACCAAAACCAGCCAAGAUGUCUGACAAAAAGAUGACCUCAUCCCGCAAGAAUCAUCUGAAGAGCUUGCUGCUCCAGAUUGCUCAGGGCAUACUGGAGGCAGAGACCCAGCAGCUGGCUGAGGCAAAGGAGGAAUACCUGGCCCAAAACUGCCCUUCCCUGAGUCUGCCAGGAUCCAUGGAGGAACUGCAGCUGUUGGUCAGGAAGAUGCACCAGACCAUUGAGAAGGUUGAUGAGGAGAGGUAUGACACAGAGGCCAAGGUUGCCAAGACCAACAAGGAGAUUGAUGAUCUGAAGCUCAAAGUGGUUGACCUGAAGGGCAAGUUCAAGAAGCCAGCUCUGAAGAAAGUACGUAUGUCUGCAGAUCAGAUGCUUCAGGCUCUGCUGGGCUCCAAGCACAAGGUGAACUUGGAUCUGAGAGCCAACCUGAAGCAAGUCAAAAAAGAAGUCAAAGAUGAGUCUGGAGAUACCGUCGGUGACUGGCGUAAGAACAUUGAGGACAAGGCUGGCAUGGACGGCAGGAAGAAGAUGUUUGAGGGUGCUGAGGCGUAAAUUUCCGGCACUUGGCAAAGAUUUUGGUCUCUUCAAGAGCACUGGUGACAUGGCAUUGACAGAAGAAGGAUGAUGUUUAAAGGAAUUUAACUGGAGCUUCUCUGAAAAGCUCCUAAUUAUUAAGGCUAUUUUUUACUAUAAUCCAAUCCACCUUACAACAAUCCACAUGUCUUUUUUCAUUCUGUUUCAUAGGCUAGAGCACACAAUCCAUAUUAAUGUACAAAGUGUGUGUUAACUAUUAUAUUCAGUAUUUCAGAACUGUUGAUUUAAUGCUGUACAAUAUAGUGCAUUUGUCCAAAUAAAUGAAAAAAUGGUAUAAACUGUA